CUGGUCCUGUCUCGUGGCCCCACAAAGAUGGUAUCGCAAAAUAAAGGCAUCGGAACAUAUAUUCCACCUCAAAUUGGCGACGAGGAUUGGGAUGGACGCGCAGCGCUGGACUCCAACGGACGGUCAGAAGGCCAUAAAAUAGAUGAUUCCUCCCCGAGGGUGAGAAGCUGCCGUUCUGCGGAGACCAGGGCUGCCGAUCCAACCCAGUUGAAGUAACAACGAAAAACACGCGGUGAGAGAUUACGAUUAUUUUGAGAUCAAUCAAGUCAUGAAAAUGGAAAUUGGAAAUUUUGAAAAGAAAAAUCUCACAAUCAGGAGUUGUUAACAGACGUGUUGUGAAAACUGUUGGGUUCUCUAGAGGUUUGUAUGCACCAGUUUGGCGCACACUUCUCAGGGAAAACAGAAAGCAAUUUUUAGAGAUAGCAGCGGUCGCUUACUUGCCUUAUUCAUCCAUGUGUGUUGUAUAGAAAAUUUAUUGACGCACACUGCGACGUAAUACACGAAUGAUUAGAGAUGUGUAGUGCUCAGAGUAAGAGUGAGACCGUUGAGAGCCACGUUGUCCCCAUCCUGCCGCCCCUGUGUAAAAUUAUGUCCGAUCGUUAUCCGGGCAGUUUGGAUCAAAUGCAAAAGUGGAUAGAGGUUGGUUUUCCUUCAAACGGAAGUUUGAGUGAGAAUCAAUUAAAACAGUUGGAGGUAUCACUGGGGGAAAUGGAGAGGAACGCAACAGCUCAGCAUGCAGCCUUAUCAAAGAAAAAGCAGAAGAAGAAUGUAAAAUUUGAGGCUGACUGGGAAGCAUUUAAUAAGUGGAAAUUUGAGUCUGAAAGAAGGGAGAGAAAGAGAUUGAAAGCAUUUAAUGCAAUGAAAAACAUAGAUCCUACAAAGGACGCUAACAUGCUUUCCACUAUUCACCAAAAUACUGUGUAUCCUUGUCUUUCUGAGGUACUGAGGAAAUCAUUGGAUCCAGAACUGGACUCCGCCCCCCCCCCCCCCCCCCUGCUCCUCCAGCCUACAUGCAGCAGCCUUCUCAGUCAAAUGCAGCACACGUUUCAGCAGACAUGGGAAGAGGACAGCAGCCAGAUUCAAGCACCAAUGAGAGGACCUCCUCACCGGCCAUGACCCGCCUACAGUCUCAACAAAGGAGGGCCAUGUUGCAGGAAGAGAGGGAGGCUACAGCUCUCAUGCCAAUGAUAGAAGUGGCGGGAGCAGAAGGCCCGAUGGUGGUUUUCAGACCCUGGUCAGAUGCAGAUAUAAAUGAAGCAAUGAUUCAUGUCUGCAAUCCUAAAAGCAAUCUCACUAGAUGGGAGACUGAUCUUCGGCAAUUUGUCAAAGAAUAUCGUCCCACUAUGUCAGAGUUACGGCGUUUGAUGGGCAAGGUGCUGACAAAUGAUUAUCACAAAAUGCAGCAUGUUUUCAACAAUGCAAGAAUGACUUUCCGCCUGAGUGAGCCACUCUACGAGGAUGCCAAGAAUGUGAAUUUUCGAGAUGCCGUUGAUGUCCUCAUUAACACCGUAAAAGAACAGUUCCCUUUGACACUAAACUUGUCCUAUAUCACCUCUUUGUCACAAGGGCCACAAGAGACUUGCAGUUCCUUCCUGGCACGCCUGACAGGAGCCUUUGACACUCAUAGUGGCCUCAACCGACCCAAUCCAAUGGGAGCACAGCCCCUGACACCAUAUGAGGUCCAUCUGAAAGAACAUUUUCUGAGCAGAAUGAGACCAGAACUCGUACACAUGGUAAGAAAAGCAUGUGUAACUUGGAAAACAUGCCCACUUGCCGACAUCCUUCAGCACGCAGAACAUGCGGAAGACGGGGUACAGAGAAGAGAUGAUCAGAAGAAAGAGGGCAGACAAAGAAAACUGGAAGAAGCACAGCUGGCAAUGUUUAACACCCGAGCAGAGCCAGCCCAGGAAACCACCCGUGGCAGAUUUGGGGGAGGAAGGGGCCAGACAAGAGGUCAUACCAGAGGUCAGGGAAGACAAAGAGGAGGGGGCAGGCGCAGAACAAGUAGAGAUUACGACCCAGACGUCUGCCAUUGCUGCGGGAAGCGUGGACACUGGCAAGCUGAUUGUCCAGAGAACACAAAGACAGGGCCUGCAUUCCGCACGUCUGACUGAAAGGAGGAGAGGGAGGGGCGGACCCCAGAGAUGGACAACCUCUCCACAGGAAAGCAGGUAGCGCACAACACUUCACACGCACAAAAUUUCACAAUGUAUGCCAACAACCCAGGCUUUAAGAAAUUCCCACAAUUAACAUUGAUGAUUUCUAACCACCCUGUAACAUUCUUAGUUGAUUCAGGAGCUACAAACUCCGUGUUAAGAAGAGAUUCCUUGCCAAGUGCCCCAAAAAAGAGUUACAGGAAGAGUUUUACAGUGGGAGCUAGCGGCGUACCAGUCUUGGAAAGUUGCUCAGUUCCAUUGAAAUGUGAGUUAGAUGACCAAAUGACAAAACAUUAUUUUCUAGUGUCGAAAAACUGCCCAGUAAAUCUGAUGGGGUGAGAUCUAAUGUGCUUUUUUGGCAUUAGGUUAGUUUCAACAGAAGAAGGCAUCAAAGUAUUAAAAAGAGCUGAACUUCCUAUAUUUCAGAUGAUGAAAUAUAAUCCAAAUCCACUCCUGUAUGCAUACGAGUGGGAGCUAAUGUUAGACCAUGGAGCUCCGAAAACUCAUGAUCUUAUUUCAUUUGCACGCACACACAGUACUGCAGCAGGAAAUUAUAUGCAGCCAUUACAUUGUACAUCCCAUGUGAGCGUAGGGCCAGACAGAAUAUACGAGGAAGCAUGGUAUGAUCAGCUGGUAGAAGCAGAGAGUUUAGACCUGAAGCAUGUUUACUGGUCAGAGGAGGCUGCUGCGGUGUCUGUGUCUCUCUCUCCAUCCCAGGGGAAACUGUUCCUUGGAACCACCCCUCACGUAUCAUUGGCUAAGCCAUCACACUGGAAAUGGCAGGAUCUGGGUCCGUGGCUACAACAACGUAUCAACCUCUUGGACUUUAGACCGGGUGCAGAGGAUUCGAGGAUCAAAUUUAGCGCUAUUGGUGAUGUAUUUCGUAUUGCAUUGACCGAUACAGUACAUGUACAGAGAACGUUAGAGCUCACAGAAGAACACAUUGAACAUAAAAGCUUGUAUCCACUCAUUAUGACAACAGGUCAAAUUCCUGAGUUUUCAAAAGUGCCACCUUCACUGUGGGCUGCACACAAAUACGAUGUGGGGCUCAUAAAAGGCGCAGCACCAUUGGUAGUGAGUCCUAAGUCAAAUUAUAGGCCAUGCCUAAAACAGUAUCCACUUAAAAUGGACGUGGAUACACCUGGACCCAGGGCCGGAGUGGGGCCAAUUUUCAGCCCGGGAAUUUCAGGCUCAAGACCAGCCCACUUUUUUCAUGGUAGUGGAUAUUGGAUAAAUGAAGCAACAGUUCAGCUCUUACUAUCCUGUAGUUCUUUUAUUAAUACCAUGGUCCAACAAAUAAUGUAAAGGUUAAAUACAACAAUAAUAAUCCACUUAAGAUGAGAAGUUAACAAAAAAUAUGCAUAACAUUAAAAAAGGCAGAAGGGCAUAGCAGGGGUGUCAGACUCAGAUUAGGCAGUAGGCCAGAUUUCUUGGAGUGAGACCUCAUGGGGGCCGUCAUUGUUAUUGUCAUGGUCAUUAUCAUUUUUCUGCAUGAGUAUUAUAUAGUGGUGAUUUACUCCUUUACUACACCCACUUCUGAGCAAACAAUGCAUAUUGGUUCAUCAAGUACUGUACUGCUCUUUCUUAGAAUAUAUAACUUUAAUUCAUAUGGUUUCCUCUGUCAUCCUCUCUACCUGUCCCUGUCGUCAUGGCCUCCUCAUUGCAAAUGUCGGGCUCAUCAUUUUCAGCAGGAGACUCUUAUCUGCUGCUCCGAAGCUACAAAGAAAAAUUAAGAGUCAUAUUACUGCAUACUUCAAUAUCAAUAUUAUAUAUCAAUAUUUCCAUAAUAUUUGCAAAGUCUAUGGAUCGCCAUAUUUUGGGUGAUAUAAAAAGGCUAAUAUUUUAAUUCAAUUUAAUAUUUUGCUUGGGAAUAGGUUGACAACGCUGCAAUGAUAUUAAUCAAGGCUACAACGUUAGCCGAAUAGUUAUGUUGCUAAUCAUUAGGCCUUUGUCUCUCUUUACCAGUUGCCACUUGUGUUUGUCCUCUUGAAAAUAAAUCUGUAAGCUUGGCACAUUUGGCAGCAUCCUCCUCCAA